AAUCCAAUAAGUCUUUUUAAGAGAGUUAAAUUCUAUAUAUCGAUAAACUAAUAAUUUUUCCGUCUACAGAAUUGAUUUACUAUGGAAUCAGAAGACAUAGCAAAGCUUAGAAUUUCUAUAAGAAAUUACAUUGAAAGACAUCACUUUGAAGCUGCAGAGUUUUGGGGGGACAAGGUGGUGAGUGUGACGGGUGGUGCGGCCACUGAUGUGUACUGGCUGGCACAGACGCUGCUGCACACCCGUCAGUACCACAGAGCUUGUCUGCUCAUCAACAAAUACAACCUCACUAGUAACGGUAGCCUGUGUUAUCUGGCUGCGCUCUGCCACUUCAAGAUGAGGGAGCACGAGCGCGCGCUGGACCUCCUCGAGAGCUCUGCGUGGCCGAGUGCUGGGGACGCAAGCAAUGGCAAGACCUCCAGCAACGCGGGGGGCUUCACUAAUCAGGUGCCGGAACUGGAUGACAUUAUAUCACUGGAGUGUUCGAGACAAGUUUUGAGGGCCCAGAUCUACGAGUCCAUCGACAACUCCAACCUUGCCACCGAGUGCUACCAAGCUGCUCUUAAGGCAGAUCCUCUUUGUUAUGAUGCUCUAAAAGCCCUCACAGACCACCAUAUGCUAACUAUUAAAGAGAAAAAAGAACUUCAUGACUCACUUCCAAUCUCUGUUCAUUGCAAAACAGAGGCUCUAAGAGACCUGGUCCAUGUCAGUUAUGACACUAAAAUUAGCAAAGGCAGCGUCGUGGUCCUUGACUCUGAUUCAUGUGACAUGCAGAUUGAUAACCUGCCUGCUCAUUUAUCAUGCUUAUCAGAUAAUUUAGACGUUUUGGCUGCACAGGCUGAACGCUUUUACUACAAGUGUCAUUUUGUGCCAUGUUUUCAAUUGACCAAAAGAGUUUUAGAGGAAGAUCCUUAUCACACUGACUGCUUACCCAUCCACAUCGCAUGUUUAAUAGAACUUCAACAGCCCAACACGCUCUUUUUACUGGCACACAAACUAGUAGACUUGUACCCUGAACUAGCACUAUCUUGGUUUGCUGUAGGCUGCUAUUAUUACCUUAUAGGCAAAAAUGAACCUGCCAGAAGAUACUUAAGUAAAGCCGCUUCUAUCAACAAAGUCUUUGGUCCGGCCUGGAUUGCCUUUGCCCACUCCUUUGCCGCAGAGAAAGAACACGACCAAGCCAGCGCUGCGUACUUCAAAGCGGCCAACCUCAUGAAGGGAUCACAUUUACCUCUGCUUUAUAUAGGCAUGGAAUAUAACCUUAGCAAUAACAAUAAAUUUGCACAAAAUUUUUUUGAGAAAGCAAUAGAAAUGGCGCCCGAUGAUCCUUUUGUACUACAUGAGCUUGGAGUAGUCAACUUCAACAACCAACAGUACGAGGCAGCAGAAGGAUACUUCAUGCAAGCCAUGGAUGUGAUCCAGAACUUGUACGUAGAAGCUAACGACUACUACAACAUCCCCGCCAAGUGGACGGCGCUCUACAAUAACCUGGCCCACACCCUGCGCAAGCUCGGCAAGAUCCAGCUAGCUCUCCAGUAUCAUUCGCAGGCGGUGAUGCUGUCCCCCAGCGAGGCCAUAUGUCACACAGGGAUGGCCCUAUGUCACGCGCUGCUGGGGGAGCAUGAGGCUGCGGUGGACGCCCUCCAUGUGAGCCUCUCCCUCCAGAGGGACCAGACGGUGGCCACCACACUGCUCACGCUCCUCAUGGAGCGCAUGGCCGCCACGCAGACCGUCUUCCCUGAAGUAUCGUUCACUGAAGACUUGGCCCCAAACCUGCUCUCCCACGAGGCUUUCCCGCCGCCCUCCCCUCCCCUGCUGCCACAGCCUGCUGAUAUGGAGUGCGGCACGGAGACUACCGAGGUGGACCAAGCCUGCAACAUCACAACGCAGAUCGGCGUGAAUCUGGCGAUGCCGAUCAGUGCUGAUUUGUCGAUGCCGAUCGGCGCCGAUAAUUCGCCACCGAUCGCUGCUGAUCUGGCGAUGCCGAUCAGCGCUGAUAUGUCGAUGCCGGUCGGGGCCGAUUUGUCAAUGCCGAUCGACGCCGAAGUAUCGUUGCUGGGGGACGCCGAGCGAUCGCCGCAGAUGGACGCUGAUGGUUCACUCCAGAUGGACGCCAAUCGUUCGCCGCAAAUGGACGGAAAUCUUCAGAUGGACUCAAAUUUGACCGUCCAGACCGACCCCGAACAGUCGCUGCACAGCCUGGAAGACAUGGUCAUGGAUGACGACAGCGACUAGAUGCUCUAAGAUCUCGUAUCUAGGUCAUCCUAAGAUCUAAUAUCUAGCUUGCUCUAGCAUUUAAUAUCUAGGGCGUUCCAGAAUUUUUAAUCUAGGACACUCUUCACUAUUCAAUAUAUAUCACCUUGUAAGCCUUUUCCUCCUUUCACAUGUCUGCUAGGGCACUCUAAAAUUCAUAAUCUAGGACACUCUUCACUAUUCAGUAUUCAUCAUCUAGUAAGCCUUUUCCUCCUUCCACAUGUCUGGAAUUCCGUUUAGUAUCCGUACUUUUUAUGCAGUCUCGUCCACAUAAUUUUUCUUUGUGCAUAUAGAAAUAUAUAUUUUUUGAUCAUUACACAAUUUGCCGAGGUUUGCUCACCUCAACUACCUAAUCAAUCAAUGUUUUCAUUUCCUUCAAUUUUUUUUCCAUUUAUUCAAUUACAUUUUUCAUCAUAUUCAUGUCAUUGUCUCCAUACAAUAUUAUUAUAUCAUCGGUUUCCCGCGUUGUGGUGUUAUGGUCACCAUCGGUUUUCCUUUCAGUUAUGGUGUAACUGAAAGUGUUUUAGGAUCAUUUUUAUCGAUGUUUAAUUAUUUGUUCCCGUCAUAACAAUGUAUAAUAUUCAUCUCCGGCAUUGCCCUGUACAAUAUUGCUAUUAAGCUAUCAAUAUAUUAGCUUGCUGCCGCUGUGUCAGAGUCAUGCUCACUUCCGUUAUAAUUAAACUAACAAGUUCAUUAUU